ACUGGUCUUCUUCAUACAGUGAUAUAGAUGAACAAGAUUUCUUCCAGAAGAGGCGGAAAUGGAACCCUUCCAAGAUGAUUUUGAGAGAGAGAAGCACCAUGCUGAGGUCCUACGCAUGAACAUGAUUGACAUUGUGGAUCCUGCUCCUGUUGAAGCAGAGAUGAUAGCAGCUUUCAAGGCAUAUGAUCUAAUCGUUGCUGACCUGGGGAUUAUUCAUAAGUCAUGCAGAUCGUUUGGAGACCCAUGUCAGCUAACCAAGUGGAUCAUUGGAGAGGAAAAGCUCCAGAAGGUCUGAAUACACAUACAAGUAACAACUCAUAUGAGUUCUGGUUAGAUGAAGAGAGUCCAAUAUCAUGUUUGCUGUGGGCAACAUAAUGUGAGUUGUAUUUUGUUUAUGUUUCUCUCUUUACAUGAUCAUCUGAUAUUGCUUUAUAAAACAUGUUAUUUUAA